AUGUCCCUCCCGAACCCAGACAACCGCCCGCUCCUAAUUGGGCCUCCUACCGGGCCCGAGGUCCCCUUCCCCUUCCGCAUGGAGGGCGAAGUCAUUUCCGGCUUUGGCCGCGGCUCCAAAGAGCUCGGCAUCCCGACCGCCAACCUGCCCGUCGACGACGAAAACACCUGGAUCAAGAACAUCGACUCGGGCAUCUAUUUCGGCUGGGCAUCGCUCAAGUUGCCCGCUUCGCAUCCCAACUCAGUCUUGUACCAGAAACCUCCUACUUCCGAGCCGGUGAUGAUGGAGCCUGUUCAGCAGCAGCAGCAGCAGCAGCAGCAGCAACAAAAUCAACAACAACAACAAAAGGGGGGAGUUGAAUCAGCCCAACAAGAAAAGCUCGUCGACCAACAAACCGGCCAGUGGCAGAUUUACCCCAUGGUCAUGUCCAUAGGCUACAACCCCUUCUACAAGAACACGGUGCGCUCGGCCGAGGUACAUGUUUUGGGAGAGUUCGCGGCUGAUUUUUACGGGGUGGGCAUGAGGCUUUUGAUUACGGGCUUCAUCCGUAACGAGAAGGAUUACAGCGGGCUGGAGGCGUUGAUUGCUGAUAUCCACUUUGAUUGUGAGGUUGCCAGGCACAGUUUGGCGAGGAAGGGAUGGAGAGUGAGGGAAUUGGGUGUGAAAGAAGGGGAGGAGGAGGGAGAGUUGGAUGGGAGUUGGUUGGUCAGGUGAAGGGGGAGAGGUGAAAAGGGGAGAGAGAGAGAGAGG